AUGGCUGAUACUGACAAGCUGGUCAGCUUCGAUGUUGAAAGUCUGUUUACGAAUGUCCCCGUUUCGGAAACCCUAAAAAUAAUUGAGACCCGUCUCACAAACGACGAUACUUUAGCAAACAGAACUAAACUCCCUGUUAACGUCAUAAUGGAACUUUUGGAGUUGUGUACUCAAUGUAACUAUUUCCAAUUAGAGGGUAAAUUAUACCGUCAAGAUGAGGGUAUGGCCAUGGGGUCACCAUUGUCACCUAUCUUUGCCAACAUCUUUAUGGAGGAGUUUGAGCAAAAAGCUUUGGCUUCAGCUCGGCUCAAACCGAGGAUAUGGUGGAGAUAUGUCGAUGACACUUUCGUGGUUUUCCCUCAUGGAGAUGAUAAAUUGAAUGAGUUUUUAGAGCAUCUUAAUAGCGUUUCAUCCUCCAUAAAACUAACCAUGGAGGUGGAAUCACAAAACAAACUCCCCUUUUUGGACGUGUGCGUAGAAAAGCAUUUGAACAGUCUUAGAACAUCUGUUUACAGAAAAAAGACACACACAGGGCAGUAUCUAAACUUUCAAUCAAACCAACAAAUUUCUGUCAAGGAGGGGGUUGCUUACUCUCUGUUUGACAGGGCUAAGAGCAUUUGCUCCAAUCAGGAUGAGUUAAAGGAUGAAAUUAAGAAAGUAGAACAGGAUUUGUUUCCUUCAUCUCCGCCGCUGGCCGCUGCCGACUCUCGAGAUUCCUACCUCCCGCGUCUCUCGUCUCUCGUCAAUGAAGCGUCAGCGGCCACAAAGACACACGUGCUGCUACAAAAGUCAACCUCUCGGCAGCCACAGCAUCCGCCCGAAGGUAAAAUAAUAUUAGCGAGUCAGUUUUUGCCCUACAACCCCUACAAGGGCGCCGACUCUAAAUGUUUUCAAAGCAGGUUGAAUAAACAAAAACAUAGGUGUGAGCGGACCUCCCAAGGCGCGGCGGUGUUGCCGUCUGUGACAGAGACGCGGCAACGUCGCAAGUCUGCAAUGCACCUGUGA